AUGACACUUUUUAAUUCAAUUUCAUCAAUUUCAAACUCCACUGGUAUCUCUAAACAUAGUUUAAUUGGAAAUUUUGAAAGUAAUAAUAGUAGAAGUGGUGGUAACAGUAUUUCAUGGUUAGGUGGAUUUGAUGGCUGUGGUGGUUGUGGUGGUUGUGGUGGUUGUGGUGGUUGUGGUUGUGGUAGUUCAAAUUUAAAUAUUAUCAAUGUUGAUAUUGAUAUUGGUCGUCGUCGUCGUCGUAGAUGUUGUUAA